AUGGCGCCCGCCGGUACAGCUUCGCAGUUCGAUCAGCAUGCCCUCCAGCGCCGCCAGGAGUUGACAGGUUCUGCUGGUCCAGCUGCCCUAGUCAGGAACGCCAAAGUCUUCGGCAUCGCCUGCUUCGCCUGUCUCGGUGGUCUUCUCUAUGGAUACAAUCAGGGCGUUUUCUCUGGUGUGCUGGCGAUGAAUUCUUUCGGACGAGCUAUGGGGCCCUACGUGUCGAACCAGACUCUGAAGGGUUGGCUUACUUCCAUCUUCGAACUUGGCGCCUGGUUGGGUACCCUCUACGGUGGUUUCAUGGCCGAGAUCAUUUCCCGCAAAUACGCAAUUCUGGUGAACACAGUCAUCUUCAUUAUUGGUGUUGUCGUUCAGGUCACGGCUGUCGCUGCUGGACACAACUCAAUCCUGGGAGGACGUUUCAUUACGGGUAUGGGUGUCGGCUCGCUUUCCAUGAUUGUGCCCAUGUACAACUCUGAGUGUGCACCGCCUGAGGUUCGUGGUGGAUUGGUCGGUCUUCAGCAGCUUGCCAUCACUACUGGUAUCAUGAUCGCUUUCUGGAUCGACUACGGCACCAACUACAUCGGCGGAACCGGUGAAACCCAAACGUCGACUGCCUGGAUCUUGCCCCUCUGCCUUCAGUUGGCUCCGGCGGUCAUCUUGGGCGUUGGUGUUCUGUUCAUGCCGUUCUCGCCAAGAUGGCUCGUCCACCACGGUCGUGAGGCCGAGGCUCGCAAGACGCUGGCCAGUCUGCGCAGUUUGUCACCGGACCACGAGCUGAUUGAGCUCGAGUUCACUGAGAUCCGAGCCCAGUCGCUUUUCGAGAAGCGUACCGUAGCUGAGCACUUCCCUCAUCUUGCCGAUGGUUCCGCAUGGUCGACCGUCAAGCUCCAGUUCGUCGCAAUGGGGUCGCUAUUCAAGUCCAAGCCCAUGCUUCGCCGCGUCGCCUUGGCCACAGUGACCAUGUUCUUCCAGCAGUGGACUGGUAUCAACGCAAUCCUGUACUACGCACCUCAGAUCUUCGCCGGCCUCGGCCUGUCUGGUAACACAACCUCACUGCUCGCUACUGGUGUGGUUGGUAUCGUAAUGUGGAUCGCCACUUUCCCUGCCGUCAUGUACGUCGACAAACUUGGCCGUAAGCCAGUCCUCAUUACCGGUGCCAUCGGUAUGGGUAUCUGCCACAUUAUUGUUGCUGGCCUCCAGGGAGCUUUCCAGCACGACUGGCCAAACCACGUCGGCGCCGGUUGGGCUGCUAUCGUCAUGGUCUGGCUUUUCGUCGUACACUUCGGUUACUCCUGGGGACCUUGCGCCUGGAUCGUCAUUGCUGAAAUCUGGCCCAUCUCACAACGCCCGUACGGUAUCUCUCUCGGUGCAUCGUCCAACUGGAUGAACAACUUCAUCGUCGGACAAGUCACGCCCGACAUGUUCACUGGUAUGACGUACGGUACUUUCAUCCUCUUCGGCGUUCUCAUCUUCAUGGGUGCCGCCUUCAUCUGGAUCUUCUUCCCCGAGACCAAGGGUCUCAGUCUGGAGGAGAUGGAUAUCCUCUUCGGCUCUGUCGGUGUAGCUGCGGCUGAUGCUGAGCGUAUGCGCGAGAUCAACCGCGAGGUUGGUCUUGACGACAUUGUCCGCAAAGGCAGCGUCGCCGAGCCGGAGAAGUCGCGGGACGUCUUGGGCGAGAAGUCCGGCGCCCUGCACAACGAUAUCGAGAGCGAGUAG